AUGAUGUUUUCCGCCAAAUCCAUCUUUGCAGUGCCCACGCACAGGCUCUCCUUGCUGUCCUUGUUGUUGGUUCUGCUGAGCUGUGGGGCAAUUCGGGACAACCUGGGCGCUGAGCCGGUACCCAGUGCCUCCACAGUUCACGCUUUCUACGCUGCAGACGAGCCAUCAAUAGAUGGACUCUGUGGCUCCAUACACUCGCUACUGGUAUCAUGCUCCCAGCCGCAGCGGCUAAUUGUGGAUGUUGCGGUGAAGGCCACCUUCAUCCCAGCCUUUCAGGCUCGCUUCGGCAUGACGGGAAACGCCCUGUCGGUGAUGACAGCCCCUGGAGCAGUCAUCCAGCUACACCCCCUUGAUGAGGUGAAAAUGAACAAAGUUUUCCAACAGCAGACCAACUAUUAUCAUGAGAGAGCUUCGCUUGACAAGUCAGUGGAGAAGUAUGCCCGCUUCUUCAUAGACACCCUGCUGCCUGAUGCAAUUGUGGUCUAUCUUGACACCGAUGUGGUCGUGCAAGACGAUGUUCUGAUUCUGGCAGACCGUCUGGCAGCAAGUGGCAAAACUAUGGCGUUUGUGGACAGGGUCCCGCGGGUGGCUUUGGGUGACUAUGUCUAUGCGGACAAGGUGACCGACCAGGAUCUUGCUAAGCUUGGCAUCUCCCGGAAGGCUUUGCUUAAGGCGUUCAGCGCCACUGAGUACAACGCUGGAGUCCUUGUGUUGAGCACCCGCCGUUGGGCGAGCUUAGGAUACAUGGACAAGAUCAAGCACUGGCUGCAUAUCAACUUUGUUUUGCACGGGAAGCUCUUCCGCGGCUUUGAUCAGACAAUGUUGAUGCUUAGCUUUGAGGUUUGGCGGCCGCCAGAAACGCGGGACUUUAUCGUUGUAGAGAGGGAGUGGGACGUGGAGGUCCAUCACCAGCUCACGAUUGACCACGAAUUCUUGGCCCAUCAAGCCAAGAUCCUUCACUUUAACGGCGAGCGCAAGCCGUGGCUGCCAAGCGAGGCAGAGGAUCCCUUAGCCAAGGAGCUCUUCCAGCCUCACUUAGAGAAGUUCAAGUCGCUUCUGGACCCAAGCAAACGUCCAGGGCAUUUGCAGUUGCAGCCCAUGAUGGCGGCGCUGAUAGCUCUUGCCAUGGCGUUGGCCCUUCUUGCAAUCUCAAAACUGUCGCCGGUCUGGAACAGCAUGAUGACUCCUUCCGAGUCAGCUCUUCAUGUGAAUUUGAUGGUUUGCUUCCAAGGCUUUAUGAACUACAGCUCUGUGGUGCUUUGUGCAUACCCGCUGUGUCUGGCACUCAACCUAUCGAAUGCUGCAGCGAUGUCCGGCCUCAUCAUUGGCGUCUUCAUGGAAGCAAGUGCUGUUGGCAUGGGCGUGAGUUGGAAGAUCUUGAAUGUGUAUCCUGAACUGUGGCGCAGGCACAUCAAGACAUACUUGGUGACAGGACUCUCGUGCCAGUUUCUCGGUGCGUUGGCACUCUGCAAGGUAGCCUUGGAGGUGAGGAGCGGCCGCACUCAUAGCACAUUGAUCUUCACGUUGCUGGCAGCCAGACUCCUCCAGGGUUUCGGUCACGGGCUGAAUGACCAGUUCAUGAAGUGCUGCAUCGUCAAGUUGGCCCCUGCGCAUGAUCGGCCACGGCAUUCCCUCAAGAAAUUCGUGGCCAACACGCUUGGUAUUGGCUGCGGGCCCAUUAUCAUUGCUUUAGCUUACUUCUUCUUCCACGAUGAGGUAAAUGAUGAAGGGCUGACCAGAGGAGCACAGAUUAGUGUGUUGACGGGACAGUGGCAGCUGACGAUGACCAUCACCGUGCUGGUGGGAGCCAUUCUGCUGUACCCAAGUUUGGAGGAUGUCGCAGACUGCGGCAAGACCAACUCUGCUGCUGGAGGGCACCAGACUGCGGUGUUGCUGGCGAGCAUCUUCAUGGAUGCGUUGCGUGGCUUCAUCACCUCCGGUGUGGAGGCCGCGUCAUGUUUGCUUCUCCAGGACCACUUUGCAUGGCGCCAAGACAGCAUUGGAUUCUGCAUCGGCCUGACUUUCUGCUUGGUGGUGCCGGGCUACAUGCUACACAAACAAUAUCAGGCGCGCUACAGCGACAUCGCCUGGAUAAGGAUCUACACCGGCAUCGCCAUGCUUGCGACUACCUUGCUAGGUACUGCGAAGCAGCCCUUGGGAAUUCUUGCCGCUGACUCCGUCAUUUUCCCGUCGAUCUAUUUGGCCGGUGCCUUGAAUAUGGGCAUCUUGAACACUAGUGUCUUUCCGGACGGCUCGCUCCUUGAUGCGAACAAUGUCAUGCUGAUCAACGGUAUCAUCUCCAAUGGUAUCGGACGCUUUGCAGGCCCAAUCUUCUCACGUUCCCUCAUUGCACACCUAGGGCAGAAAGCGUACGCCUCGUGCCAAGCUCUCGCCAUUGGCGGCGUUCUGGCCGCAUCUGGCAUGUUGAAACCACCCAUGCAAUGA